GCCAUCAGACGGGAGAACUAAAGAACUGAUAUCAAGAUCAGAGCAAAUCUAUCAGAUUUAAAUACUUUAAGCUCACCAUAAUGAAGACCUUUGCUGUUGCAGUUGCCGUGUCCCUCAUGCUCACAUUUAUCUGUAUUCAGGAGAGUUCUGCAGUCCCAGCCGCUGAGGGUCCUGAGCUGAUGGAGGUGCUGACUGACGACGGCUCACUCGCCGUAGAUCACGACAUGCCAGAGGACUCUGUAAAUACUUCGUAUGACUCGGUCCAGAUGCGCCGCCGUCGCCGUCGAUGCCGCUUCUGCUGUGGAUGCUGCCCCAACAUGGUUGGCUGUGGAACCUGCUGCAAACAAGAUCAGAGCAAAUCUAUCAGAUUUAAAUACUUUAAACUCACCAUAAUGAAGACCUUUGCUGUUGCAGUUGCCGUGUCCCUCAUGCUCACAUUUAUCUGUAUUCAGGAGAGUUCUGCAGUCCCAGCCGCUGAGGGUCCUGAGCUGAUGGAGGUGCUGACUGACGACGACUCACUCGCCGUAGAUCACGACAUGCCAGAGGACUCUGUAAAUACUUCGUAUGACUCGGUCCAGAUGCGCCGCCGUCGCCGUCGAUGCCGCUUCUGCUGUGGAUGCUGCCCCAACAUGGUUGGCUGUGGAACCUGCUGCAAAUUCUGAGCAACUGAGCUCCAGGCUGCAGAUCCUUGAAGCACUGUAGCAAAAAGAAAAAGAAGAAAGUGACACUGAACAAAAAGUGUAUGCUACUUUUGGUAUAAUUGUUGAUGAAGCAUUUUAACCUGUUUGUCUUUACAACUUUUUUAUGAUGUUAGUGGAUGUCUAAUUGUAACAAGCACAGUAUGCUUUGACUUUAUUAUCUAAACUCUCUGCCAAAACAUGCACAGAUAUAACGGUGUAAAAUGUACUUCAUUAUCACUAAGCAGUAAUAUGCAAAACAGAUGUUUUGGGAAAAUAGCGGAUAUUAGUUAACCAGAACAAAACGUACCAAAGGAUCCUUUUGUCCGUGAUUUAAAUAGUGUAUGUUUUCACAAUAAAUAAUACUAGUCUUUCC